UCACAAUGGCUGAUCCCGACACCAACGGCACGCCCGUCGUCAACGGCGACGUCGACAUGAAAGAGGAGCUGCCCGCAGAAACCACUUUGAAUAGCAUACAGCAAGUGGCGGACCCGACAGAUCCCAAUCCCCCUCCACAGUCCAUAUCAGACAAUCCAGCGCCACUGGGCAUGUCCGAACACCUUUCGAUCAUCGCGCCUGGCGUCGCAACUCCUCCCACAGGCGCGACAGCUCGACCAAGCUCAAUGCCUCCUCAACCUCUAGCACGACCCGAGAAGCCCGUCGCCCACGGCGGGCCCACGAGACAGUACCUCAACACCAAUGUCACGCCACAUCUGCUGGAAGGAAUGAAGUAUCUGGCCGUCUAUGAACCAGAGAAGCCGCUCGAAUGGCUGGCUAACUUCUUGAAGGAGAGAAGCAAGGAGGUGGAGGGUUGAAGAGCGACAGCUUAGUUCAGAUCACGCGACUGGCAUCACACAAAGCGUCUCAACAGGCGGUGAUUGCAUGGCGCUGGCGCUGCACAAACCCGCCCGGCAACGGGGAAGAGCUGUCUUGCGGCGUAACAUCCAUUGGCUUACAGUAUGCUCAACGAGCAUUUGCGAGGAAUGCAGUAGACAGAAAUUUGGAGAAGUGCUCCGAUCCUUGGACUCAGAGCUGGGUCUUGGCGAGGGAACAGAUGGCCAAUGCGACUGGAUAUGCUUCGAUAUUGGGCAACUUUCCACGACUACUUGAUUGCACGGCUGUUCUCGGUCAAGCACCCGAUGCCAAACUUGAGCGCAAAUCAACAAUUACUGACUUGGGGAACAGCAGAUCAUACAAAAAUGCUGUCAGAGCCCCGGACUCGCAAAGAGAGAAUAGCAGAGUCAAUAUAUCUUGGCAUCAAUGAAGACGAUACCUUGAACGUCAGCUCACGCUCCCGCUAAUACUGACAGUACCCUUGCUGUAGGUAGGUGCCCCGUAAUCCGCAGUCAUCCAUGCACGUCUGAAC